AAUCUUUUGCCCAAAUUCUCCCAACACUCUGCACUCACCUCUCUUCCUGGAUUUUUUGCUAGUAACCCUCUUGAAUCACCAGAAGCACGAAAAUCAGGCACAAUGGGCUCCAUAUCUGACCUUCCCGCUAUGAAAACCAACCCCAAGUUCAUAUUUUUCACCGAUUUCGAUGGAACAAUCACUCUCCAAGACAGCAAUGACUAUAUGACCGACAACAUUGGAUACGGGCAACAGAAGCGUCGGCAAGGUAACAUUGAUACUCUACACGGAAAGAUCACCUUCAGGAAUUCGUUCAAGGAGAUGAUGGACAGUGUCUCCAAACCCUACCCAGAGUGCAUCCAAUACCUAGUCGACAACAUCAAGCUCGACCCCGGCUUUGCUGAGUUCUUCAACUGGAGCUUGGAGAACAAUAUCCCGGUGGUCGUGCUCUCCUCCGGCAUGGAGCCCAUCAUCAAGGCUCUCCUCGCUGCACUAGUCGGCCCUAACUCGACGAAGAUGCAAGUUAUCGGCAAUGAUGUUGGUCCCAGACCUGGCAAGACCAUCGACCAGGAGGGCGGAUGGCAGAUUGUUUUCCACGAUGAGAGCGACUUCGGUCAUGAUAAGUCACUAACACUGAGACCGUAUGCACAGCUCCCGGCUGAGGUCCGGCCGACCAUGUUCUAUGCAGGUGACGGCGUCUCUGACAUCUCAGCUGCGAAAGAGACGGAUCUUCUGUUUGCGAAAAGGGGCCAUGACCUGGUCUCCUACUGCGUGAAGGACGAUAUCCCGUUCACGCUGUUCGAGGACUGGACGACCAUCCUAGCCAAGACGAAAGAGAUUGUCGAAGGGAAAACCACUGUCAAGGCUGCUGCCCUCGCAGGAUCCGAGGCAUACAAGUCGUCCUUGCACUCUCACAGCUUGUAAGACCGUGCCAGAAAUAACUCUGUUCGGACUUGGAAACGAGCUUGGAAACGACCUUUGCAUACAACGACCUUUGCAUACGCCGGCCUGCGGCCUUUUUGACCAUUUGCAUUUGCUGCCGAUAGAACUAUAGAUGCCAAUCCCAGAUAUAGAGGAUAUAAAUAAACCGUUGCUGCAAGGGUGUCUCGAGCACCCACGCCCUGCUAUUCGAUAUUUUGUUCCCGAUU